GUGUGUGUGUGUGUGUGUGUGUGUGUGUGUGUGUGUGUGUGUGUGUGUGUGAGGACAGAUAUCCCCUUUUCUCACCCACAGUAGUCACAAGAUGAUGAGCAUGCCAUUUCCUCUUGUUUAUAUAUAGUUUAUCACAUCGGUUACUGAUUGUAUAAGAUUCUAUAUCACGAGGAGAUCAGGGCCGAUCUUUGCUAUCUGCCACCUUAGGCGAGACUGACGAACACUGCCUCCCGCAAAACUAGAAUAAGUAAGCAAAAUGACGUUGAAAAGACGUCUAAAAGACAUCUAAAAUACGUAUUUUCCAGAAAUUGAAGUUAGGUUCCAUUGGAUGUUAAAAAAAUAUAUUUUUCCGGUGUUGAAAUCAAGCCCAUUUUUGGUUCUGAAUGAAAGUUGAAAAUAAGUAAUUUAUAAAUGUCUAUGUUUUGGCCAAAUCAAGGCUGGUCAAGACCGGACCGGAACCAAACAUAGACCAUGUCUGUGGAUGUGGAAAUCAAGGCAAGUCUGGAACUGCACCAAAAAGAGAGGUCCAAAAGGCAUCGGCCUGUGCUUACUGAGGUGUAGCUUACCAUGUUGUCUGAAAUUGAAUUUUAUGAUGCCCAUCAAUGUGGUAAGUAAAACACCCAAAAACGUUGUCAGUACAGGAUUUAAAAAAAUACAUCCAAAAGAGGUCGGCUCAUGCUUACUGGGGUGUAGCCUACCAUGUCGGCCAUCCAUGUGGUAGGCCCAUUUUUUGUAAAACAGGCCAUUGCAUUGACUUUAUAAGUCCUGUUUGCAGUGACUAAUCAAUUUGACUAUUUUAAACUCUGAAUAUCAGCUACCCAACUCUAUCAGGAGUUAUCGCGAGCCUAUUUGCAAUGUGUUUACACAGCGGGAAAUACAGAAGUAUUUUUAUUUUGACAUAUCAGCUAUGUCAUAAAUUAACUAUACAAACGUGAAGCCACUGAUCAUAAUAAUGGGAUGAAACUCCUGGACAAUUGUUGUGAUUGUCCAUUCCAUAUUGCCCAUGUUACUUUGACCUGUACCGUUUUUAGGAUAUGUUGUUUAUUAACAUGACAGCACAUUUUUUAUUUGAUUGAGCACUAUUUAGGUUAGGCUAUUUGAUCGGAGAAACCUGCUACAGAAAAUGCCACAUACUAUUUCUACCAUAUCGUAUAUCUACUACGUGAUUUAUGUUCGAUCAUUUUUUUUGAAGGAACAAUGGUGGAUCGCUGCAGAGAUGCGUCUCUCCAACAGCACCAUGGAGAGGCGCGCUGGGAUUGGACAAGCAAACUGUUUUGCGCCCCUGCCUUUGACAAAGUGGGCACUGCUUAUCAACGGGCGCUCACCUAAAAAGCCCAUACGCCACUGGUUGAGAGAAAUUGUCAUAGUUUUUAGGCAGAAUUAUGUGAGGUUUUAUGUGUUGUUGUUCGAGGUGCGUCUUGGUCAAUUUAUCUCAGAAAAUGCCGCCCUCGUCAAUCUGCCACCCUAGGCAGCCGCCUAAUCCUUCCUGGGGAGAUGUUUUAAAUGAUCUGGGGCGCCCCGAACAACAGGAUAUGUCGCUGUAUCUUACAGUCAGGGACAUUUGGUUUCAACGAGACACUGAAUCACUCACUGUGGUUCAAAUUGUAUUUACCAUUUCCCCGCCCAGAGGCUUCGGCGCGUCAUCAAAUCUAACUUCAGCUCUCCAAAACGUUCCCCCGAUAGCCUUUACAUGCGUUUUCACUUUAGUCCGCGAGCCAGUGACUGAGCCCUCGCGGAAACAUGACGCGCAAGAUCAGCACGGAGUUGUUCACGCGGGAGAGGCAAUGUGGACACCGCGCGCCCUGGGCCACUUGGAUGUUGUCAGUGAGCUGUCGGGGCGUGGCGGCAUGCGAUCCCCCUGAGCAAGACAGCGCCCUCCAGAGGUGACAGCAGGGAGGACAGGCAGCAGGAUGCCAGUGCAGGCGGCCCAGUGGACAGAGUUCCUCUCCUGCCCCAUCUGCUACAACGAGUACGACAGCAGCGGCCACAAGCCCAUCAGUCUGGGCUGCUCGCACACGGUGUGUAAGACCUGUCUCCACAAGCUGCACCGCAAGGCCUGUCCGUUCGACCAGACAGCCAUCAACACUGACAUCGACCUCCUGCCAGUCAACAGUGCCCUGCUACAGCUGGUGGGAGCUCAGGCUGUGGAGUCCCAGGCUGUGACUCUGAGCAGUGCUGUGGAGGUAGGGCACUAUGAGGUGUGCAGGGUGUGUGUGGAGGAGCUGGCUCUCUAUCUCAAACCCAUCAGUGGAGAAAAAGGUGUGGUGACCCUCAGUCCGAGCGUGCUCAGUCGGCCCAUGCAGAGGAAGCUGGUGACACUCGUCAACUGUCAGCUGGUGGAGGAGGAGGGGCGGUUGCGGGCGGUGCGGGCGGGCAGGUCGCUAGGGGAACGUACCGUCACAGAGCUCAUCCUGCAGCACCAGAACCCACAGCAGCUCUCUGCUAACCUGUGGGCCGCCGUCAGAGCACGGGGAUGCCAGUUCCUGGGGCCUGCCACGCAGGAGGAUGCUCUGAAGCUGGUACUGUUGGCGCUAGAGGACGGCUCAGCUCUGUCCAGGAAAGUUCUUGUCCUUUUUGUGGUCCAGAAGCUGGAGGCUCGGUUCCCUCAGGCCUCCAAAACCUCCAUAGGACAUGUGGUCCAGCUACUCUACAGGGCCUCCUGCUUUAAGGUGACCAAGCGUGACGAGGACUCGUCGUUGAUGCAGCUAAAGGAAGAGUUCCGUGCGUACGAGGCUCUGCGUCGCGAGCAUGAUGCCCAGAUCGUACACAUCGCCAUGGAGGCGGGGCUCCGUAUCUCUCCUGAACAGUGGUCCUCUCUGCUCUAUGGAGACCUCAUCCACAAGUCACACAUGCAGUCUAUCAUCGACAAGCUCCAGUCCCCAGAGUCCUUUGCAAAGAGUGUCCAGGAGCUGACGAUAGUUCUACAGAGAACAGGAGACCCAGCCAAUCUGAACAGCCUCAGACCACACCUGGAACUACUGGCCAACAUCGACCACAACCCAGAUGCAGCGGCGGCUCCGUGGUGGGAGGAGCUGGAGAGUGUGAUGCUGGCGGUGAAGGUGGUCGUUCAUGGUCUGGUUGAGUUUAUACACAACUUCAGUAGGAAGAGCCAUGAGACAGCACAGCCGCAGCCCAACAGCAAAUAUAAGACCAGUAUCUGUCGAGACCUCCGGCAGCAGGGUGGCUGUCCCCGAGGAUCCAACUGCACCUUUGCACACACACAGGACGAGCUAGAGAAGAACAGAAUGAGAAACAAGAAGAUCAGUGGCGUGGGCCGGCCCUUCCUCCUGGCCCAGGGGAGUAUGGGUAGUGGUCUGAGUAUGGAGGGGGGCGACUCAGGAGAGGAGGCCUGCACUGGGGGCCUGAAGAACUCAGACAGUGGUGGGUCAGGGUCCCUAAAGGAGGGGGCCACACCCUCCCAGCUCAUGCCCAGGGGAGAGGAUAUGAUGGAGGAGAUGAAGAGGGAGAGGUCUGUACUUAACGGAUCCACAGGCUCCAGCCGAUCCUCAUCUGGCUCUAUGGAACAGAAGUCUAUUUCUCCUCCAAAGACACCAGUCAAUUCCUCCUCAGCUCCUUCUCCCUAUGGCCCAGGGUCUAGACUAGAGUGUGACUCUGCACACCCCAAACAGGCCCAGUACCUAAUGAUAAGACCCCUUCCUCAGCCCCCUCCCCACCAACCCCAGUCCUCUGAACUGUGUUACCAGGACCCCCAACCUCCCUAUGACGUGCAGCCCUACCAGCCAGCCAGUAACUACUACCCCUCUGCGAUACACCACCACAAACCCUGCGUGGCUCGCUUCCUCCGUUCCAGCCAUGUCCCAGAGUCCUCUCUGCCUCCCUCCAUGGCCCCUCUGUACUCAGAGCAGUACCCCUCCUUGCCCCCACCACGGGAGCACGCUGCUCCCUACGGUCCCUCAUCGGUCCCCCAGUACGGGCCCCUGGCCACAGCCCACGGUGGCUACGCUCCCCUGUAUGACAGCCGGCAUAUGUGGAGGCCCCAGCUGUACCACCGAGAGGACGCCAGGAGUAACUCGCUGCCUCCCGAGGUGCUGCACUCCUCUGUGUACCAGCCCCCCCUUCGAGAGAGAUACGCCUCCCUGGACAGCCCCUACUGCUCAGCGGGGGAGCACAGAGCAGCACUGCACAGGAACUCUUUUGGGCGUUUUCCUCUUGGAUGCGAGGAUCUGUUCAGGCGGAAACAGGAGCAGUGGGCACACCAUCACCACGGCAACGUGAACAGGCCCUCCCAGUCCUCCCCCGUCUUCACCGUAGACUUUGGUGCAGAGCAUGAUGACGGUGGUGGUGGUCAGUGUAUGAACUGUAAGUUCCGUGGAGAGGAGAAUCUGUCCCACUACUCUCCCUGGUCCUGUGGAACCAUCAGUACCUGCAUCAGCCCCUUUGAACCAGAGCAUCACAAGGCCUCAGCUCACUCCCGCUCCAAAAACUUAGAAGUAGACAAUGGUGAAAGGACGCGGUGGCUACACACGUUUGAGCCCUACCGCCAUCUGAAAGACGAUGACCCCAGCAUACCGUUUGAGCCCUACCGCCGUCUGAAAGACGAUGACCCCAGCAUACCGUUUGAGCCCUACCGCCGUCUGAAAGACGAGGACCCCAGCAUACCGUUUGAGCCCUACCGCCGUCUGAAAGACGAGGACCCCAGCAUACCGUUUGAGCCCUACCGCCGUCUGAAAGAUGAGGACCCCAGCAUACCGUUUGAGCCCUACCGCCGUCUGAAAGACGAGGACCCCAGCAUACCGUUUGAGCCCUACUGCCGUCUGAAAGAUGAGGACCCCAGCAUACCGUUUGAAACCUACCGCCGUCUGAAAGACGAGGACCCCAGCAUACCGUUUGAGCCCUACCGCCGUCUGAAAGACGAGGACCCCAGCAUACCGUUUGAGCCCUACCGCCGUCUGAAAGACGAGGACCCCAGCAUACCGUUUGAAACCUGCCGCCGUCUGAAAGACGAGGACCCCAGCAUACCGUUUGAGCCCUACCGCCGUCUGAAAGACGAGGACCCCAGCAUACCGUUUGAGCCCUACCGCCGUCUGAAAGACGAGGACCCCAGCAUACCGUUUGAGCCCUACCGCCGUCUGAAAGACGAGGACCCCAGCAUACCGUUUGGAGAGGGGCCCAUCAUACCGUUUGGAGAAGGGCCUAUCAUCUCCAAAUGGGGGGUGAUAUCCCGCGCCUCCCGUACAGGAUACCACACCACCGACCCGGUCCAGGCCACAGCCUGCCAGGGAAGCAACAGCACCAUCCCCAUCAACUUCAGAGAUUAUGGUCCACACAUUGGCCAUGGGGACUACAGGUGGAGCUCCGGGGGGUCUGACUCUUCCAGCCACUCCAGUUUCCUAGAGGGUGAACAGCUAGCCUCCCUUCGGCGGUCCUUCAGCAGUGGAGAGAAGGUUGGUGCCGGAGACAUGCUGCAGACUGACUACUGUAAAGACACGACAGAGCAUCAACUGGACAGAGACGUAGAACUGGAGCUGUCUGUACUAGACGUAGAGGACACUGUCCUGCAGGACAACAGUCAACAGUCUGAGAAGCCCCUGGAGCUGAGAGAGCCCCACCUCCUCACCCCUCCCAGCAGUGAACCCAUGAGGACACAGACAGACAAGCUGUCAGCAGACAAGAUGGAAGCUCAACUGCUGAAGAAGAUGGCCUUCAGGAGGUCUCUCUCCCCUGGAGGUCUGGGCUCAGGAGGCCUCAGCGUGGGGAAGCUGAUGAUGAGGACCGGCCCUCUGAGACUGGGGGACAUGGGCCCUUGCCCUAACACAGGCCCUGAGAUGCUGCUCAACGGGAACUGAGAGGGCAAACACACCUCACCGCCACGCCUAGGGGUCCCGAAGCGGUGGCCCCGAGCAGUGGUACCGGCCCAGCGCUACACAGCUCCUACACCUGCUGUCACAGUAACAUCUUAGGGUUGUAUAGGCCUGUAUCAUCAGACAGCGAUAAGGUCUCACCCCACUAAUAUCACCAGUCUGAGGGCAUAUUAUAUACAGUAUGCUACUUUAAACCACAGGUAGUGUUGUUUCAAACAUGACAAAUAGAGAUGUAUAGUUCAGAUACACACACACACAUUCACACCAGUAGCCUCCGUCGUAUUUACUCUUUUCUCAUCUCGGCAGGGUCUUUUUUUGAUCAAGUGUUUGUUUGGGUGUGCUGCUCGCUCUCCACUUCCUAUAAUGAUGGUGACGAUGGUGUUUAUCAUGCUUCACAUGGCAUCCAAUAGUUUUCUUUUUGUUAGUUCUACAAUGUUUCCAAGGUAACAAAGGUGUUCAGCACUGUUGUGUGUGUGUAUGCGAUCAGCAUCUGUUGACAUUGAGCUGAUGACAAUAACAGCACAUUACUAUGCAUUUGUAGUCAUAGGAAGGAUAUUUGCCUCUCGAAAAAUUCAAAGUCUUUACUUUGAAAAUAAAUAGCGCUAAUUGAACAGGGUUUGUAGGUCUUAAAAGAGGACGAUGAACAGGAAGAGAUGGAGGUUACCAACACUAGAUGUUGCUCUAGUCCAACUCCCAUCUACUUUAGACAUUGUAGUAGCCUAUCAAAGGUUCCUAAGGCUUGGCCGUGUUAUCCUGUGUGACGUGUCAUUUGUUGGUCUCAAGCAUUUCAUAGAUGAGAUUCAAGACGAUGACGAUCAAUCAGAUGUCACCACACUCACGUGUAUGCACAACUGUGGCCUUUUUUAUGUUGGUCAAAUAUCUCUUCAUAUUUAGUCUCUACAAUGGGGUUAAUAUGUUAAAAACACCAAAUAGUAAAACAUGUAUCAACAAUCCUUGAUAUAUUCAACAGAUUUCAGUAUUCAGUGGUUCUGGCACCAUCAUGUAUUGCCAUCCUCUGUGCAACUGCAGCCAGGGAUUGAAUUAUAGUGAUCUGCUGUGUUGAAAUGAUACGUCAUACUUACAGAUAUCUGUACACUGUAAUCACAUGACAUAUACUCACAAUGUAAACUGGUUGUUGCAGCUCUUUUUGGUUCUGUGCAUCAAACUCAUAACCUGUGUUUACUAUGACAGAUUGUCAACAAACCACCAGGUGAUUAUUGUGUUCCCUCAUGCUGUCUUUGUUUAGUUCUGUCCCUGUUCAAACUUUUCACAAAUAUUUUGUUAUUUUCUUUGAAGCAAUUGCUAACUUCCGUGAAGUUGUUUGUCAAAAUAUUUUGUAUCGGGAUCUCUGUUUUGAUUCGUUGUUGGUCGUAAUUUUUGGGAAGAAAUGAAACCGAUCCAUCAGUCUGUCUCUAUAUUCAUGUUUCGAGCAGUCUUUUCACUGCUGGUUAACGGUCUAACGAAUACAGUCCAUCAUCAUUAUGUGAUCGCUACCGAGGGUCAUGCAUUGGCCUAAAAGGGUCAGUGUUAUUUUACUGCAGUUUUGUGCACUGAAUGUUCUGUUUGCUGUCUUCUCCUGCCUGUAGGGGUGAAGAGAUUCGGGUGACGCUAUGUGUUAACUUGCAGCACUUAGAUAAACUCUCCUAUUUAUAAUAGGGUUUAUUUUGUUACGGUCUGAAAGGAAGCAGACAGGCUAAGUGAGACAACUUGACCAGUGAUUGAUAAUUCUUAAGGACUGCCCCAUACAUAUAUAGACAUACAGUAUAUCCAUUCUCUAAGCAUUACUGACAGGCUACUGUAUUUCUGUUGCUCUUCUGUUCCUGUUUCAGACUUUCACUUAAGAAAUUGUCUUAGUGUCAUAUUGUGUACAAUCAAUCAGCAGAGUCCAUUGUUGUCUAAUGGUGAACAGGGCCCUUUAGGGGAUAGGGGCCUUUGGGUAUAAGAUGUGGGCAGGACCAGGGAGUCUAUUAAGGUUUAGAACCUGGUCAAGUUCAAGGGUAGUGUUGUGAUUCUAGACCAAUCUAUCUGGCUCCUGUAGUUUAGGUUUGUUUCAGCAGGGAGUGCUAGAGCCUAGUCUCUGCAGCCCUUAGUGAUGGAGGAUUUAUGUUGCUAAGCUACUGAUAAAGGGUUUACUCAUUACGCUGAUUCUGUUGCAGGAAGCAAACGGAACCAAACGAGGAGGGACAUACCUGCAUUUGUACAAUAGAAACUCUCAUUUUAGUUGCAAAACGUAAUAUUUUGCAACUGUUUGGCUAAUGAUUACACCCCUGAACACAUCUUCAGCACUGAAUAUUAUGGGUCAUGAGCGCAAAUAUUUACAUUAAUGAAUAUAGUUUAAUGUAACUUUUCACCACAUAAAUGUGCUAAGGAGGGAUUUAUAAUUUGCUAUAAUGUGUUUAUGUUUAGAUUCAAUACCAAUAGUAUUACCCAGUGGGGAAGGGAAUGGGCACAUUUAAGAACAGGGAGUUAUGUAGGUAGAGUUCCCAGAGUGUUCCAGUGCCUGUCUAAUGACUCACUGGUGUAAUGAUCUGAUCGCACUGCACUUCCCACGUCAUCAUUGCUAGAUGUUCUUACUACCCACUAUCCAGCCAGUGCCCCCAGGUCAUGCAUGCUAGUCCCUCUUGUUGUCAUGGCGAAGGAGGAAGUACAUGAUUCUGUAGUUGUGAUACAACACACUCAGCGCUGUAAGUGUUCUGCACAUGCCCACUGUGUGGCCACGCCAAGUAUUUUAGCCUGCAGCAUUUGACUGUUUACUGCUUCUGAAAUGCUUUAUUAUUGAUCACGAUCAAUGUAUUAUUAUCAUUAUUACUUACUACCAUCAUUGGUUGAGUUGUAGUAAUUCACUAUGGAUAAGUCAAGUCUGCUUCUUCAGUUGAAUUUUGAACAUUUUCUGAAUAGUCAAAGUUAGCCGAGGAUGGUCUUGUAAGGUGAAAACAUUUGCCUGUUUGUCAAUUGUACAACUAUGACGGAACUGAUGUUUGAAUAUUUAUGUCUGUAUUAGACAUUUUCUUAGCAAAUCUAUUGUUCGAUUGAAAUGUAAAUGAAAUACAAGAUGGUGCACACAUCCAUCAUUAUUGUACACGGCUGGCACCAUCGUUAGAUGGACUAACUGCUCGUUUAUACAACAAAAUGUAAUGAGAUAUUUAAAUAAAUACUGAUAUAGAGGGACAAAUAAAGGUUUCAGAAUGAUGAAACUGGCUGAGACAGCAUAAAAAAAUGUCUAAAUGAAUAAUAUGUAUUCCAUUUAUUUCAUUUGAAAUAUCACUUUGUGAAAGGUUUCCCUGCAUUGCAAGGCAAUAUCCUGAACCGUAUUCUUAGUUUGAAGUAUUGAUUGUGUUCAGAUGUGACCAGCCAACUGCCUGACCUGUUGGUUGUCUUUGUGUACUAUUUGCUCCUGCACUGACAGCUUGGCCAAGCAGAAUACUCAGAUACUUUUUUGAUGGACCAGGCAGACCUGUGAAAUCAGAGGGAGAUGUCAGUACCUGAAACUUUGCAUGCUACAAUAAAUGAAAAACAAACACAAAA